AUGGACGUUCGCUCGCUCAUUCCUCCAGACAACCUGUCGCUGAGUGACGAAAUCGUUGGUAGCGUCCUCCAACGAAUUCUGCCAGCAAACACCAACAACCACCGACCACAGUAUUGUUUCAGCUACCAAUCAAUCCCUGAGAGUCAUUCCGCCGAAAUACUGACGACUAUCAAUUCUGUUAAACCUCGAAUGCAUGUAUCAACAAAAGUAUCUAACGACAAGAUCCGUCAUCGAGAGUACCGUCGAGCCAUACAAGCGCGAAGCAGAAAAAAGAAGAAGCAAUAUGUGUCCGAUCUCGAAUGUGGCGUUCAGAAUUUACGUCUCGAGGUUCAGCAGCUCGAGCUACAGCGAUGUAGAGCUUUACUCGGCAUUCCAACACAACAAACUGCAUGGACGGUCGCGUUGGAGUAUUUCCGCAUCUUUUGCCGCGGAUUCAAGGACCCACCACAAGCUCUCUACUCAUUCGCAUUAAGGUUUCUGCAAGAAUCGAUGUUGCCGGACGUGAAUGACGGUCUGGUAGUGGGACCACACGCGAUGUUGGAGAACUGGGGGCGGUUUUCUUCGAGUUUUGACGACGUUCGCGUCGAUCUCAAUCGCCUAGAGAAGGUUUCAGCGAACUCGCUGUUUGCCGUCACCACCACUAGUGCUACCAUCUCCUACGAUGCACUGCGAGUGGUUUUUCCACAUCUUAAACGUCAUCUACAAUGCGGCGUUAGCGAAGUCAAGGGGUCACUGCUUGCGUGCAAACUGCUGAAUUAUCGGCUUAGCAUGCGCGGGUCGGUGCGCUUUGAAUGGGACGAUAGAACGGAUCGGGUGUCGAGUAUGGAUAGUCGAUCGGACAUGCUGACUCCGCUGUUGAACCUUCUGGGAAAUUUGGAUGACGUGAAUUACGUUUUCCGGUGUGCUCUGGUGACUCCCGAUUGUAGAUUUCUCGUUCAGGCUAACUAGUAGAGCAGAUACUUGUGCUGUAGGUGUGUUGAAGAGUUCUUUGCGGCACAGGUUACACGUGAUGCCAUGGUCAGUAUCCAUGCGCUACAUGUGAAUAAUGUAAAUGCGAUGGUUUUUGUUUUCUAUCUC